AGUGAUGAGUUAUAGUUUAUGAGAAAACUCUUGCUACCAAGUUGUUUCUCUACUAUCGAAACGCGAUCAUCUUUGGCCGGUGAUUAUUUGUUUUUUUACUCAAAACUAUAUAUCGAGUCCGUUGUAAUUACAGAUACAUAGCUCAAGCAAGCUGUCAUGGAUAGCACUGAGAAUUCCCGGAGUAUUGUAGUGCCGCCAGUGGAAGGUGUUGCGGGAGGAGGGACAGCUUAUGGAUGGAAUGAUGAAGGUUCAGAUCCACUCAGAGGCUCCAUCAACCCUACCGAAGUUCCAACUGGAGACUUGGUGCACGUAUGGUGCUUGCCAAGCACAGUGAACGUUGGACCUCAGGAGAUGCCUAGACUUUUAGAGCCUAUAAAUCUUCUGGCAGCUAGAAAUGAGAGAGAAAGUGUUCAAAUAGCCAUUCGUCCAAAAGUUUCUUGGAGCAGUUCUGGUAUUGCUGGGCUUGUGCAGGUUCAGUGUAAUGAUUUAUGCUCCACAUCUGGUGACCGAUUGGUUGUUGGCCAAUCACUGUCACUGCGGUGUGUUGUACCAAUUUUAGGUGUCCCUGAUGCUUUAGUACCCCUUGACCUUCCAGUUAGUCAAAUAAACUUACUUCCUGGGGAAACAACUGCGAUUUGGGUUUCCAUAGAUGUUCCAAGUGCACAGACCCCAGGUCUAUACGAGGGGGAGAUCAUAAUUACUUCUAAGGCAGAUACGGAAUCUUCAUCACAGUGCGUGGGAAAAGAUGAGAAGCAUCAAGUAUUUAUGGAGAUUAGGAACUGUCUUGAUGUUGUGGAGCCCAUUGAUGGAAAACAUUUGGAUGAAGUGGUAGAAAGAGUGAAGUCUGCAACCACAUCUUUAAGAAGGAUUCUUCUAUCUCCACUAUUUUCUGAGUUCUAUUCAGAUACUGGGCCAGUUGAUAUGAUGGAUGAAGAUGCUGUGUCCAGUCUUUCAAUACGUGUGAAGUUAAGUUUGACAGUUUGGGACUUCAUUCUUCCCGCAACUCCAUCGCUGCCUGCUGUAUUUGGUAUAUCUGAUACUGUAAUUGAGGAUCGUUUUGGUGUUCAACAUGGGAGUGAUGAGUGGUAUGAAGCACUGGACCGACAUUUCAAGUGGCUUCUUCAGUACAGAAUCAGCCCUUAUUUUUGCCGAUGGGGUGAUAACAUGCGUGUUUUGACAUAUACGAGCCCAUGGCCAGCUGAUCAUCCAAAAUCUGAUGAAUAUUUUUCUGACUCACGACUGGCAGCAUAUGCUGUACCAUACAAAUCAGUUUCCGGUAGUGGUGGAGCAAAGGAUUACUUGCAGAAAGAAGUUGAGAUCUUGAGGACAAAACCUCACUGGAAGAAAGCCUAUUUUUACUUGUGGGACGAGCCCUUGAACAUGGAACACUACAAUUCUGUUCGUAAUAUGGCCAGUGAAAUUCAUGCUUAUGCUCCUGAUGCUCGUGUUUUAACCACUUACUACUGUGGGCCAAGUGAUGCACCUCUUGCACCUACACCAUUUGAAUCUUUUGUAAAGGUUCCAAAGUUUCUAAGGCCUCAUACACAAAUUUAUUGUACAAGCGAGUGGGUACUUGGAAACCGAGAGGAUUUGGUAAAGGAUAUUGUUGCAGAAUUGCAGCCCAAUAAUGGUGAGGAAUGGUGGACAUACGUGUGCAUGGGACCGUCUGAUCCACAUCCAAAUUGGCACCUUGGGAUGCGAGGGACUCAGCACCGUGCUGUAAUGUGGCGAGUAUGGAAAGAAGGUGGAACAGGAUUCUUGUAUUGGGGUGCCAACUGUUAUGAGAAGGCAACAGUUCCUAGUGCAGAGAUAAAAUUUAGGCGAGGCCUCCCACCAGGUGAUGGGGUUCUGUUUUACCCUGGUGAGGUAUUCUCGUCCUCUUGUCAACCUGUUGCUUCAGUGAGACUAGAGCGCAUCCUCAGUGGUUUACAGGACAUUGAGUAUCUGAACCUUUAUGCUUCAAGAUAUGGGAGAGAUGAAGGGCUUGCCCUCUUGGAGAAGACAGGGAUGUAUCUUGGUCCUGAGCGUUAUACACUUGAACAUAUGCCAAUUGAUGUAAUGCGAGGUGAGAUAUUUAAUAUGUGCAGACCUUGAGUACUUAGUUUCCAUCUGAGGGAGUUCACCUUCAUCCUUUUCUGGUUGUAAUAGUACAGUAAGCACGUUGUGUUGUCAUCAUGUAGGUAGGUUCAAAUCCAUGUUGUGGGUAGGGAAGAAUUAACUCUGCCACAUGAGAAAUGAUAUUUUAUUUCCAUAAUCAUAUUCAUUUCACUGUCCUAGGCUCCUGUGUAUUGCCAGUCCAUUAGCUCAUUCAUUAUUUGGCAGGAAUCGUAAGUUAGACUGUUUUGUAUAUAUUCAUAUAUAAAAUAACUAUUUGUAUUGUCUUA